GGCAUGUUAACUAAACGUUGCCUCUAAUUUGCUUCAACAAAUUCAAAUGAUACAAACGAAUUAACGAAACGUAACUUUGAAGUUUUGAACGAAGGGGAGGACGGAUGAGUUUAUUGUAUUGCAUUUGCUAAAAUAAUGUAGCUUGACUCUGAAACGUGAGUUAUAAAGUGUUUGAGUGAAAAAAAAAUGAGUGAGACCCAAGAGACCCAACAACUGCCGCCGCCGGACCCGGCAGCUGCUCCCCCUGCACCACCGUCAUCCACGUCUUCAGAGAAUGCAUCACUUGCCAGCACAGCAACCUCCCCUGUCACCAAGCCAGCUGACUCCACAAGACCAUCUUCUUUGCCUAAACCAUCCGGCUUGAAGCCACCCUCUAAGAUUGGUCGGCUCUGCUCCAACUCUGCGCCUAAACCUGCCGUGCCCAUCUCCCCCAGAACUGACGGCAGUUCCUCGGACACGCUAAGGAAGCUCAGUGACGACUCUUCGAGAAAACAUUUAUCAGAUUUACUUGAAGCCGAGGAGGACGAAGUUUCUAGCAGUUUACCGGAGAGACCGCGAUCACACCGCAAGGCAUCUAAUCAUAGUGUUAUAUUAACAGAAGAUACUGACAGCUUUAUAAUUGGCGAACGAGUUUGGGUGGGUGGUACCAAGCCUGGUCAGAUCGCUUACAUUGGUGAAACACAGUUCGCACCCGGCGACUGGGCUGGCAUAGUGCUUGACGAACCUAUUGGUAAAAACGACGGCUCUGUAGCUGGGGUUCGAUAUUUCCAGUGUCCCGAAAAACGAGGUGUAUUUUCUCGACUAACUCGCUUGACCCGCAUCCCCCUUGUGACACAUGCUCCCCACGAUGCGUCCCCGAUCUCAGAUGCGGGCAGCGUCUUCGAACGCCCUCCAUCCGGCACCAGACAAAGACGAGCACUCUCACCAAAUGGUAGCAUACGCAGCAUGGUUAGCAGCAAGAUGAAUGCAUCAAUUUCGACAACCACAAACGGAGAAGUCCGCGUGGGAGACCGCGUUAUUGUAUCUAGCAGUCGCGGCAGUAAAGCGGGUACACUUCGUUAUGUUGGUGUUACCGAUUUUGCCACUGGUGUCUGGGCGGGCGUAGAACUCGACGAUCCUCUUGGAAAGAAUGAUGGCUCAGUAGAUGGGAAAAGAUAUUUCGAGUGCUCCCCUCGUUUUGGUUUGUUCGCACCUAUCUCGAAAGUGUCACGGUCGCCAUCAAACCGUAAGCCAGGCGCCUGCGCCAUCCACAGCAACGGACGCGCAACACCGCUGCGGCGCUCCAACUCGCGGGAGUCGUUGACGUCUCUGGGCACCUCUAUCGCGUCUUCCCGUGUGGGGGUGAGGCUCGGGGUGACGUCGCUGGGCGCUCAGCGUGUUGGUGGUCCGCGAGCUUCCUCCACCCCGGUAUCCGCGAAGAACGCCCUACAGGUACAGUACCCCACCAUCGCCGCGCGGUAGGCUGGCUACUCGCGCGCUAAACGUGUGCUAAACGUCAAAACCCACAUUCAGAAACAAAGGACACAAUCUAAAGCCGGUCACACACAUUCGGUUUCCGAAUCUGAAUUCCUUACCAGGGAACCGUAAUUCGGAAACAGAAAGUAUGUGGCCGGCUUUACAACCGUCCUUACUAAUGUUCUGAAGUUCAGUACACGUGUGGCGCUAGUGUGUUCCAACUGCGCCGCCGGCGACUCGGGGCUUCCUUUGUUUUGACCGUUCAAAAUAUUGAGCAGCUUAAUCUAAGAUUGUUUCUUUCAUACUAAUGAAACGACAACGAAUGUACGUAAUUGUAAUUUAUUUUGUUUUCUUUGAUAUUGUUUUGUAUACUUACAAACUAAACUGUUAACAAUUAAUAAUGUUAGUAUCCCGAACCGUCCUGUCGCCCUCUGGGCCGCUGUACAUAUGUAUAAGAGACAAUAUUUGUCAAUUAUAACGCACUUCUAAGUACAAAACACAUUUAAUUUUAUGAUGAUCAUGUUCCAACAAUACACCAGCACGUAGUUUACAGUACACAUAUAAAAAUAUCAAUCUUUUUCAUAAUAGCAAAGCUGUGAUACUUUUCGGUUUUUGUUUUAUUAGAUGUUUAUCUAAAAAAAAAUCAUGAGAAUAUUGUUUCAUUAUUAUGUUUUAGAUGCAUUUUAUUAGCGAUAUUGUUUUAGUUUUUAAUACUGACCAGUGCCUGUAAGUAAUGAUGAUAUUCAUAACAUAAAGACUCAUGGACACGAGCAUUCCAUUGCUACUAUAAUAAGAUUUCUCUUUUAAUAUAUUAUUGUUAUAACUUAUUAGUAAUUAAUUAAACUACUACUAGAAUAACAUUUUAGGUUAUAAUUUAUACAUGUAAUACCUUUUAAAACGUAAUUUUGUGAGAUCGAAUAGUGAUUAAUAAAUAAAAGUUUAGUUUUAAUAAAAUGUACUACUUUCUCUGCGUAUUAUUGUCCUACCUUCAGUAUCCCUAGUUUUAUGGAGGUAAUAAAUAAUAAAGAUUUACUAAACUGUUGUUUUAUUGCAUCUGUGACGCUGUACAAUGGCUUGUGUGAGCAUGUGCGAGGUUCUUGGUUUGUGACGAAUGUGAAACAACUUGUAACAUUCGUGGUAUGUCUGCUUCGCCCCCUAAACUGUCCCGACUCGAGAUUGCCCUUGACUGAGUAAUUUUGUAAAAGUAAUUUGAUAUUCACAGCCGAUACGUGAUUUCCAUAGCCCCCAUAACUGAGUCGGGUUGCGGGUCCUCGUAAAUUAUUCGGUUUGAUCGCUUAUUUUUACUCCGUUUAUUUAUUGUUACACGCCUACAAUCAUAAAAGUGAAACCAAAACGUUUAUUGCGUCUCAAAUGGCGUGAGUAAUAAAAUAAAAGUGCUUUGUUUUCAUAUCGCUCUGAUUGAUAUAUUUCAUAGAAUUUAUCAAUAUGUAUGUUUGUAUACUGACAUAAAUCAUAUAGUAUACCGCGACGGUGUAUCCGAAAAAUUCGCGUUAAACAUACUUAUCUUGAUGAUAAUAAAAA